CGGGUAUGAGUCAUGCUGCUUGCGGUGAUCCCGCUGCCAGUGUACAAUUUGACUGAAGUGAUGAAGAUGGCUACAUCUCGACUGGUGCAGCGCACAGCGGCGUUCGUGGAGCAACAACUCAAGACCAACGACGCGUCGCACGACUGGCGCCAUAUCGAGCGUGUCUGGACAGUGGCGAGGACGCUGGCGCAGGAGGAGGUGGGUGUGAAAGGAGAUGCCGGUUUGUGCUUGCUGUAACUGAUGGGGAAUUGUGAGCAGCGCGUGCCUGAAGAGAAUUUGGAGAUUGUGGACUUGGCAGCGCUGCUCCAUGAUAUUGACGACUGGAAGUACCAGAGUGACAAGGAGAAACCCACGAAGAGAGCAGUGGCCUUCCUGCAGUCGGAGAGCGUGCCGGACGACAAGAUUGAACGUGUGAUGACCAUCAUUGACUGCAUGGGAUUCAAAGAGGAGCUAGAAGGCAAGGGAUCGCGUUCGUUUUCUGUCGAGUACGGCUGCGUCCAGGAUGCCGAUCGACUGGAUGCAAUUGGAGCCAUUGGAAUUGCACGCUGUUUCACGUACGGAGGACACAAACUGCGACCGCUAUACGACCCGGACGUUCCCCCGAUCGACAGCAUGACUAAAGAGCAGUACAUGGAUCCGAACCGCCCCAACACUACCAUUAAUCAUUUCUACGAGAAAUUAUUGAAGCUCCGUGGUAUGAUGAAAACUAACGCCGGAAAGCGUCUGGCGGAAGAGCGCCACGCCUUUAUGGAGACGUUCCUGGACCAAUUCCACAAGGAAAUCAGCGGCCGAGGGUAGACCUACUAGAGCAGACAUUCUGGACAGCUAGAUAAAAACAAAAGUAGACCACGAUUGUCAACCAGUUUUGCCUUUUAC